AUGGCUGCGAUUUCGAUUAAUGCGCCUGGGCUGAGCAACGGUCUUCUAUAUAAUAAUGGUGACAAUAAUGCUCGGUUAUGCAUUACGUCUGAAACUGGAGAGUUCGAUGAAGAGACGAUUACGGAUUGGCAAGAUGAGGGAUUCGAUGUGGUUUAUUUACCGUUGAACGGUGGUGGGAAGGACUAUGAAGAUCGACUGCGAAGUAUUAAGGGAGGUCUUGGUGUUGGUGAGAACUAUGGGGUUUUGGCAUUUGGUGAAGCUGCUAGCUAUUGUCUGAAUUACUAUUCAAACGGCCAAAACUGCAGCCGACUAUGCUGUCUCGUCGCAUAUUAUCCCACAAUCAUCCCCGAUACACGAGUCAAGUUCCCACUCGGUCUAGAUGUCCUCGUUCACCUCGCUGGAAAGAGUAUCGAUGUAACGGUCGCCCAGACCCUAGUGGGCUUACAAGGGAAGACGCGUCGCAGGACACGCCCGAUCAACCCUGGCAUCGGAACUGGCGAACGACUGAAGCUCGCAUAUACCACCUACACUUAUGACUACGCACAGCCUGGGUUUGCUGAGCACGACAUGGAAGAGUAUGAUAACACGGCGGCUGAUAUCGCAUGGACGCGGUCGAUCAAGGUUGUGCGUACGGGUUUCUCCAGACAAGUGGAUCUUGAAAAGUGCUGGGAAGAUCACCAAGAGAACAAAUUCUUCGCAUCCAACCUCGCAAAAACACUGGAUUCAUAUGUCGAAAACAAAACCCCCGCAGUUACCUACACUGGUACGAUGAGCGGUGGAAUAGGCGCCCAGGCUCUCAAACGCUUUUACUCGAAAUUCUUCUUAGGCAAACUACCUCCUUCCAUGCGUAUUCGGCUUGUCUCUCGAACAGCCGGAGCAGACCGCAUAGUCGAUGAACUGUACAUUUCCUUCGAACACACACAGGAGAUUCCAUGGAUGCUUCCCGGCGUCCCGCCAACAAAUAAAAACGUUGAGAUUAUCCUAGUCAGCAUUGUCAGCUUGCGUGGCGGCCGAUUAUACUCAGAGCAUGUAUACUGGGACCAAGCGAGCGUUUUGCUUCAAGUCGGACUUCUCGAUCCGAAGUUAGUACCAAAUGGAGUGCAGGGUGUUGAGAAGCUCCCUAUUGUUGGACGGGAUGCGGCACGUCGGAUUCUUCAUGAAGAUCCUGAGGCUGAGCAGGAGGAUUACCAUAAUCGACUUAUUCGGAGGGCUCAUGUUCGGGCGAGGAGGGAACGUGAUGAAAAGUCUUCUCAGGCUGCGGAGGAGUCUGGGGCGGAGUUGAAGAGUGAGGCGGAGCAGUCGGUUGUUGGGAAGGCUGAUGAUAAGGGAAAAUCUGUUUUAGAGAAACGUGCUCCUAAGCUUGAACGGUCUAGUACGGGGAAGACGGAGAAGAAAGGGGCAGAUGAGGAUGAUGAUGGGGCGAUGACGGAGACAGAGUCCACGGUCAAAUCGAAGGGAGAGAAUUGGGAGAAGGAAAAUGGAGAGAAGAAGGAUGGAGAGAAGGAGAAUGGAGAGAAGGAGAAUGGAGAGAAGGAGAAUGGAGAGAAAGAGAAUGGAGAGAAGGAGAAUGGAGAGAAGGAGAAUGGAGAGAAGAACGCCACUGUGGAAGAUGUGAGUACGGACGACUACUAG